AUGAAUAAUAUCAAUGAAGAUAAUGAAGGAAUUACAACCUAUAAAAAAACUUGUGGAAUAUUAUAUGGAAUAGGGUAUAAUAUUAACAAUAUUAUAGGAGCAGGAAUUUUCAAUCCUGAAAGCAUAUGGAUACUGGUUCAUUCGCCAGGAAUUGCUAUUGUACUUUAUGUUGUUUGCGGCAUUAUUAGUCUUUUAGGCAGUUCAGUCUACAUUGAGUUGGGAAUUAGGUCGUUGCAUAGUGGAAUAGGCGAACAAAAAUACAUUACCGAUGCGUUCUAUCCAAAAAAAAAUUUUGGUCAUGUAUUUAGCUUUGUUGCAAUCUUUGUAACAUUCCCAGGAGCAAUAGUAGCUGAAUUUUAUGGUUCCACUCAAUUCCUUCUCUACGCUUUUAGAGAUACUUUAAUCAUGAUCAAAUUUGGAUUAGUUAAAUUAGGGACUAAUCAUAUUAAUUGGAUUGAUAUUUUUAAUAAACCAUCUAAUAGUGGUGUAUAUGAGCUUGGUGCAUAUGGAAGUGUUAUAAUAAAGAUAUUAUUCUUAUAUGAAGGAUGGGAUAAUAUUAAUUAUUUAAUUGGAGAAUUCAACCCAAGGCCUGAUAGUCUGAAAUAUCCUUCUCUUAUUCUGAAAUAUCCUUCCCUUAUUAUUUGUUUAACAAAUGCUGCUUAUAUAACAGUGGUUGGGUAUAAUGUUGCUAAUCAUGAGAGUAUUCCAAUUGCAAUACGUUUUGGUAAAGAACUAUUUGAUGGAGCUGGAGAAAAGCUUAUGUCGAUACUUGUUGCAAUUUCUGGUUUUGGAUGCGUUAGUGCAAUG